GGAGAGUUGGCAUAUUUGGAUGAAGAGGUCAAUCUUCAGUGAACUCCAUCUGUGAUUACUAUCUGAACAUUUUGACUUGCGAAAGCUGAUCAGAGCAGAGGUAUGGAUGAGGAAGUGGAAUCCACGAACACGAGGGCCGAGAGUCCUUUGAGCCAGCUGACGGGGUUGGGGAUGAGCUGUCUCCUCAGUCAGAAGUAUCGCCACUGUGGGCCGGGCCUUGCCAGUCCUCAGGAGUACAACCAGUGGCUACCAUGCCGCCAUGAUGCCAGUCUCCUGCCUAUGAAAGAAGACCUGGCUCUUUGGCUCAACAACAUCAUGGGUGUGGACGUCACCGCUGACAACUUAAUGGACAGACUGGACAAUGGUGUCAUUCUUUGUCAACUGGCACAGUUUCUCCAAGACAAAAUGAGCCACAACAGUAAUGGAAAGCCCAUCAUCAAAAGAGUGAUUCAUUGGCGGGCUGAUGCUACUUCAGGAUCAUUUUUUGCCAGAGACAACACCGCUAACUUCCUCUACUGGUGCCGCAAGAUUGGCAUUGACAGGGCCCACCUUUUUGAAUCCGAGGAUUUGGUCCUCCAUAAGCAACCAUGGGAGGUGUGCCUAUGUCUGAUGGCGCUGGGACGUAUGGCAAGCAGGUAUGGAGUCGAGCCUCCAGGCCUUGUGAAGUUGGAGAGAGAGAUAGAAAGGGAGGAAGGAGGGAGUACCUCUCCAUUGUCCCCGCUACCCUUCUCCUUUUUUCCGGCCCCAGAGCUUUGCUCACGCUCACAUUCAAGCAACCCUCCGAGCCCGCCCCCUCCUUCUCCGCCGGUGUCCCUCACUCCAAGCUCCAUCUGCCUCUCGGAAGCCCACAUCACGCCCCUCGCGUCUGAUCUUCCAUCAGCCGCUGCAGAGCCAGUGCCCACAUGUUUAUCCCCCCUGCAGUCCUUCCUCCCAGCUCCAAACCUCAGCACAACCACAGCUUCAAAUCAAACCUCUUUGUGCUCUCCUGACACAUCUGCAACCUCACAAGGCCAAACGCAGGUGGCCAUUGCUGCAAGAUCCCCCACACCCUCCCGAGCACCAAACUCCAGCAGAAAAAGCACCGACACCAGUCACAUUUUGGAUGAUGGGGUGAGAAUUAUUAUUGAGAAUCCGCCCUGCAGCUGUCCAAACAGGUUCCCUGUUGAAAAGCAGCCAAGAAGCUGUUAUCGUGUGGGGGAAAAACUUCUUUAUAUACGGAUGCUGAAUGAGCGUCACGUGAUGGUGCGUGUGGGUGGAGGCUGGGAGACUUUUGUAAGCUACCUACAGAAACACGACCCCUGCAGAGGAGGACCGAUGGGCAGAUCUGUGAUCAGGGGCUGUCGGGGCAGAGUUAAGCCACUCAAUUUGAGCAUGUCACCUGACAGCUACAUGGUGGUCAAUGCCCAUGGAAAGAAAUAGAUUGUUCGACUGCUCAUUUGUAUUUUUUUGGUACGCACUUAAUAUUCCAACCAAAUUGUACAAGUAUAGUCAAGUAAAACAUUUAUUUCAAACAGGAAUGUGUCCCAUUCAACAGUGGUGUAACAAACUACAUAUUUUGUAUAGAUUAGCUGCAAAUGUCUGACAAUACUUGGAUUGGUUUAGUGAGGUUACAUUCACAGAAAGCAUGUAAAAUAGUGAUUUUGUGUUUAAUUUAUAUGUUAUUGGAAUACCCAAGAUUCACAGUCUGAAACUAAUUAUAUGCUUUACUUCAUCAAAUCAGUUGACUUUUUGAGUGCUGGAGUGUCGGGGAAGGAAGUUAUGCACAUUAAAUGCUGGUGACACCUGGACAUUUGAAUUUUAUAAGAAUAAAUGUAUGAUCAUGUUAUAUAGAAGAAUUUGAAUCUUUUUCUUGGACUUGAGCAGUCAUGCUAAAAAUCCCAAA